AAUGAGCGAUUGGCGAGUCUUCAAGUUGCUUUUGUGGAAAAAUUUUGUCAUCCAACGACGUCACAAGUUCCAAACGUUCCUCGAAAUUGUCAUUCCGGUCAUUUUUGCCUCACUCCUGCUCGUUUUACGGCAUCUCGUGACACCAACGUACCACGAAACGACAUUAAAAUUUCCGAAAUUUGAGUGUAACUCGAUCAAACAACUGCGGGAAUUAACGGUACGCAAAAAAACUGAAUGGAAAAUCGCUUAUUCGCCGUUGAAUGACAUCUACGAAGGGCUUUUAAAGGAUUCCAUUGAACUAAUCGAAGGCGGAAAUGAAUUAAAAAUCGAAGGAUUUGCCAAUGGAACAGUUUUAGAACGACAUUUAGCGAAUCAUUCUGCCUUUGUAGGAGUUGAAUUUCCCGAUUCGCAUCAAAAUAUCACUUUUUUACCGUUGGAUCUUCAAUUUUCGUUGAGAUUUCCCGCAGAACUUCGUUUUAUCCCGCGCGGAAUGCCCGUUGAACGUUAUAAUUGGUUCACGUCGAAGCUCUUUCCAACUUUUCCCGAAUAUGGACCUCGAAAUUUCAAUGAUACAGAUGGCGGAUUGCCGCCCGGAUACUGUCAAGAGGGAUUUUUACCGCUACAAACUGCAAUUUCACGUGCCUUUGUUCGUCUAAAAAGACAGGAAAUGACAGAAAAUGAAGAAAAAGUGAAUAAAAUUUACUUGCAACGAUUUCCGCAUCCGCCAUUUGUUGCGGAUCAACUACUUUCCGGCUUGGAAUUGGUUCUGCCGUUGAUUAUUUUGCUGAGUUUCUUGUCAUCUGUGGUAAAUGUUGCAAGACACGUGAAUUACGAGAAGGAACAACGACUUAAAGAGGCGAUGAUGACCAUGGGAAUCUCGAAUAACAUGCAUUGGGCCGCUUUUUUCGUGAAAAAUUUGCAAAUUCUGUCGUUAACGGUUGUUUUACUCACAACUUUACUGAAGAUACCGAUAAAAGAUGACGCCUCAGUGCUCACAAGAUCCAAUUGGGGAGUUUUAUUUUUCGUACUUUUUAUUUAUUGCAUCCCGUCGAUCGUUUUUUGCUUUCUAACGAGCGUUUUUUUCACAAAAGGUAACGUCGCUGCUUUGGCUUCUGGCAUCUUAUGGCUAAUCUCGUAUGCUCCAUAUGCCAUCACAAUGUCCUCCGACAACUCAAUUUUCGCCAAAUCCAUGAUUUGUUUAUCUUCUAAUUCAGCAAUUGCGAUGGCACUGCAGUUAAUUAUCCGUUUUGAAGGCACCGGAGAAGGACUUCAAUGGAAAAAUCUCUUUCGUCAUGUCGCUCCUGGCGAUAAUUUCACCGUUGGCUAUUGUUUGGUGAUGAUGCUCUUGGAUUCCGUCAUUUAUCUCGUCUUUACUUUAUAUUUUGAGCGAAUUCUCGUCUCCGGGAGUUCCGUUCCUGAAAAAUGGUAUUUCCCAAUUGAACAAUUUUGGUCGAAGCGAUACAAAAGUGUCGACUUGGAGAUGGAUGAAGGAGAUUUUCCGCCGAUUUCGAAUGCGGAAGAUGAUUUUACGGGCAAAAUUUCGGGUAUAACGUUGAAAAAUCUCCGAAAAACGUAUCCAGAUGGAAAAACUGCCGUUACGGGACUCACUCUUAACAUGUAUCGGGAUCAGAUAACGGUACUUUUGGGUCAUAAUGGCGCCGGAAAGUCAACUGUGAUGUCGAUGCUCACGGGUUUGCUUGAACCAACGUCAGGAACUGCGAUUGUGAAUGGCUAUGACAUCCGAAGUGACAUGAAACGCAUCCAGAAAUCCUUUGGGCUGUGUCCCCAAUACAAUAUUUUGUUCGAAGAUUUGACCGUAAGGGAGCACAUUUACUUUUACGCGUCGCUAAAAGGCAUCUCGAAGGCAAAAAUCGAAGCAGAAAUCGCGAAAUUUGUGAAAAAAAUUGAAUUAACCGAUAAAUUGGAUGAACUUUCGAAGAAUUUAUCGGGCGGGCAAAAAAGAAAACUUUUAGUCGUCUUAUCGCUCGUUGGCGACUCAAAAAUUGUGCUGCUCGACGAACCAAGUAGCGCCUUAGAUCCGAGUGCGAGACGUGCUUUAUGGGAGCUUUUGUGUGAAGAAAAGCAAGGAAGAACGAUUUUACUGACGACUCAUUUUAUGGAAGAAGCCGAAGUCCUGGGCGAUCGAAUUGCGAUUUUGAACGAGGGAAAUCUCGAAUGUGUCGGCAGUUCGUUCUACUUGAAGAAAAAAUACGCCACGGGUUAUCGGCUCAUUUGUGUGAAACGUUGCGGAUGUGAUGCGACCUUCGUAACGGCUUUGCUGAGGAAAUAUAUCCCGGAAAUUGAGGUUGAAACAGAUAUUGGCACGGAAUUGACGUAUGUCUUGAACGAGUUUUACACCUCGAUGUUUCGGCAGAUAUUCGAGGAUCUCGAAAAUAACAUGGAUUCGUUGUCGAUUGCGAGUUUUGGGGUGUCACUUAGUACCUUAGAAGAUGUUUUCAUGAAAGUUGGCAGUAAUACAAAAAUGAACCUUCCAGAUGCGAUUCCAAUGACAAGGACACAUUCUGUGGAGGAAAAUUUGAAUCCUGUGUCGAAGAAUUAUGGAUCAACGAAUACUGUUGAAGACCUCAUACCUCAACUUUUAACUGGCACAUCAUUGAUAAUAAAUCAAAUAAAAGCAGUUUUUCUCAAAAAAUUCGCUUUUACACGACGAAGUCCCAUUUUAUUGCUCGUUAUGAUGAUCAUGCCUGUCAUUUUCGUGCAGAUUGCUGUAUUAGCGGUCAAUAGUUUACGCAAUAAAGAGGAUUUGCCAUCAUUGGAACUUGAAUUAAGAAGUUACGGCAAGACUGUGACUAUGGUACAGAGCAAUUUGGAUGACACCAGCUCGAUUAUUAACUCUUACAAGUCAUUUGUUGAAGAGAUGGACGUAAAAAAUGAGGUUCAGAUCAUCGAAAGUUCGAUGGAAGAGCAUAUUUUGAGUAUCAGCACUCAGGACAUUCAUAAAUUAAAUUCGCAGUACUUGAUUGGAGCUUCCAUUGAACAAAAAGUCGAAAAUCGUACAGAAAUCGUUGCUUGGUUCAAUAAUAACGCAUAUCACACAGCUCCAAUAGCAUUAAAUGCGGUAUUUAACACCAUUUUAAAGGAAAUUUGUGCAGAAUGUUCGAUUCAAGUGACGAACAAGCCCCUUCCUUACAGCAGUAUGUCAAAGAAAAAUGUUUUAAUUCAAGGAAAUGGGUUCGGAUAUCAACUUGCCUACAACACAACCUUCGCCUUGUGCUUCCUUUCCGGCUUUUUCAGCAUUUUUUAUCUCAAGGAGCGUGCUACUCGUUCAAAAUUACUCCAACUUUUGAGUGGACUCAAUAUUUCCGUGUACUGGAUCGUCUCUUUCAUCUUCGAUUUCCUACUUUUUAGCAUUUGCGGCGUUUUUUACAUCGGAACAAUCGCUUUGUCGCAAGAGGAGGGAUGGUCAACGAUGAUUCACGCAGGUCGUUUAGCAGUUUUAUGGGCAACUUUUGUAUGGGCAGCACUGCCAAUGACCUAUGUGGGCUCUUUUAUGUACAAAAAUCCAACAACGGGCUUCGUUAAAAUCACAAUGUCCUUCCUGCUGAACGGAGCAAUGACUUUUUUCCUCAUCAGCAUAAUAUUUGCGUUGAAAAUUAAUGUCGACACGGAGAUAAUGAAGCAAAUUUUCAUGAUGUUUCCACAUUUUGCGGUUGCGGAUGCCUUAAAUACGAUCGAUUAUAUCAUCGUGACGAAGGGAAUUUGUCAAAGUGAGUGCGAACAACAUGAGGGAUGCAACGAUCAAGUACUUUGUUUAAUCAUGCCGAGCUGUUGUGAGAAAAUGGACUUUUUCGCGUAUGAAUAUCCCGGAAUGGGCAAACAUUUGGUCAAAAUGAUGACAUCAGGGGUCAUUUCAUGGAUUAUUAUCAUCCUUAUCGAAGUCCUUCGAAGAAAAAAUUUUAAUUUUUUCACCAAAAAUCAUCUUCAGAGCAACGAAAUUGAUCAAAAUAUCGAUUGUGAUGUCCUGGAAGAAAAACGACUCGUUAAAAGACUCAAAGAAAAGGAACUUUCGCAGUAUAAUUUGGUAAUUAAGGACCUAAAAAAGACUUACGGGAGUUACGUUGCUGUCAAAGACAUGUGCGUUGCAGUCAAUAACGACGAUUGUUUCGGUCUUUUAGGCUUAAACGGAGCUGGAAAGACUUCUACCUUCAAAAUGCUCACAGGAGAAGUCAAAAUCGCUCAAGGAGACGCCUUCAUCCAAGGCAUCAGUUUAAAAACGGACAUGCCAAAAGCCUCUCAACUCAUCGGAUAUGUCCCGCAAUACGACGCCAUGCUUCAAGAACUCACCGGAUACGAAACUUUACGCGUUUUUGCCUUGCUACGAGGCGUUCCGUCGCCCGAAAUUCACAAUAUGAUCCUCACAAUCGCUGCCGAACUGAAUUUCAAGCAACAUCUCAACAAGCAAAUCAAAAAUUACAGCGGCGGCAAUAAGAGGAAAGUUUCAGCAGCAAUAGCUCUCUUGGGAAAUCCCUCAAUUUUGUUCUUUGAUGAGCCAACAGCGGGUAUGGAUAUUGCCGCACGACGAUUAUUGUGGCGAAAAAUCUGGAAAUUGCGUGAUGAAGGAAGAUCUGUGGUACUGACGUCGCACAGCAUGGAGGAAUGUGAGAAUUUGUGCACGAAAAUUGCAAUUAUGGUGAAAGGAGAGUUUCGGUGUCUCGGAAGCGUGCAACAUUUGAAGAAUAAAUUUUCCAAGGGGUACACGUUGAAGAUUAAACUUAGGCGGAAUCCCGUUAUUUGUCACAGUUUGGAGGGAAGUGAGGAAUUUGAAGGGCGGAAUAUCAAGGAAUACGUUGAAAAAUGCUUUGUUGGAUCUCAAUUACGGGAAGAACAUUCGGAAAUGCUCACAUACCAUCUCCCCCAAACCACGUUAAAAUGGAGCGAAUUAUUCGGUCUCAUGGAGAUCGCAAAAUCCAAAUACGACAUCGAAGAUUACUCCCUCGGGCAAACCAGCUUGGAACAGAUAUUUUUGUACUUUGCACGCAGUCAAGCAAUGGCAGAACUCGAACGAGUCAACAACGACGACGAAUGGACGAGACUUUAAAACAAAAAUUUUUCUAUUUGAUUUUUGCACGUAACUUUAUUUUCUUUAAAAAGUCCCAAAAAAAUCGUUUUGUUCCAGAAGAAUUUGUCACAUUAAGACUUUUUUUUUCUACGUUUGUUCUUUGUUUCAAUUGUUUUGUUAAAUCUACCUAAUCUACAGUAAUAUUGAGGAAAAUGAAGAUCAAAAAUUAUUUAGUCAUUAAUUAAUAGUAAAACGUAAGCUACGGACUCCUAAUACUAACAUUCUUACAAUAUAAUUCUUAUAAUUCACGUCACGCUUCAAGCAGAUGAACUUCAAUUAUUAGCUAUAAAUUUUUCUAACAUAUUACAGACAUACGACAGAACCUUAA